GGCAGAAGGCGUUGGACGUUAAAUGUGUUUUUUUUUAUCGUACAACACAAACACGGUUUGGCUCUAUAUGUUCACAAUGCGGCCCACGGUUAACACAGUUUUGACAUCAGAAAUGCGCAGUUUUACAAUUGUCUGCGGUAAACGAGUGCCGGGCAACUGGAAAUAUAAGUUUUUCGAUUAAAACACUAUGUGACUUGCAGAGAGACUUGAAGAUUUUACUGUACGGCGGGCGUGGUGUAUUUCAAUUUCAGCACCAUUCCGGACGUGUCUGGCAUACCGAAACACUCCUUGGCGACCAUCGUAAACGUCUUGGGCCGUUUGGAACAGAAGAUCGUUUUCAAAUGGACCAGCAAGAAUUUCCGGAUAACUUCUACGCCGGCAGUUACCAACAGUUAUCUUGGUUACCGCAAAGGGACAUAGUAGAAGUAAUUGUUGAAAUAAAUAAAAAAGUAUCAGGUUUUGAACAUCCCAAUUGCAAGGUUCUUAUUACUAACGGUGGAGUGCACGGGAUAAUGGAAUCCAUAGACGCCGCAGGAGUGCCGUUAAUUGGCUUUCCCAUUUUCGGCGAUCAAUUUAUAAUAUUAAAGGCAAUGCAGGCCUUUGGGAUCAUCAUUAACAUUUUCAGGCUGACCGAGAAAAGUUGGAAAACGAAAUCAAACGUGUAGAACUGUUGUCGGUCGACCAAUUUAUCCGAUUUCAAAAACACCCUAGUAAUAAAUAUAUAACGUGCAGUUUAUGCAUUAAACAUACAGAGCAGUGGGCACCGGUGACCUCGUAACCAAAAUGGACAAAUCACAAGAGGAAAUAAAAAUAAACAAACUUGUCAAAGACUCAUAAAAAGUCAUCUUGGUCGGUAUUUUUGCGUUAAGUGAUUUAUAGUAGAGCGGCUAUUUAUAUUUUGGAAUUUUAAAAACAAUUUUUUAAUAUAUACUAUUUGGAGCUCUAAAGUUAAUAUUGACGUUAAAAACAUUAUAUUCUUAGCAUAAAAAAAAACCAUCAUAUUAUUAGUUAUGCUCCCCCGAGUAAGUGUUUAAACUUAGCACAAGUACUCCUGCAUUGUAUUGCACUAGCAAAGUUAAAAAGUUUUCACAAGAAAUGCAAAUAGGUUUUAACAAGCUUGCCAAGAAGAAGUCUACUUUUAGUUGUCCAAGAAACAGUUAAAUCGUACACGAGUUCAAAAACUACUUUGAAAUUCAGCGGAAUUGCUCAGUUAAUAUUGACCAUGCAAAUUGUUUGUUUUGCACAUAAAAGUUUGUUUUUAACGUUGUCACGUGAUAUUUGAUUGCGACACAGCAAAAAUAUAACAUUAGUUCAAAAAGGGGAAGGGUAAGAAGACGCCAGCAUGAAAUUAUACAUUUUGUUUCCUCUCCGAAGGGAUAAGUUUUGAGGUGACCGAAAACUGGGUAAAAAAAAAUGAUUAUUGCCUGAAAACAUUUUAUGAAUCAUGAUCGCUCCACUUUGAGAAAAAAAAAAAUAUCAAUUUCAUAAACUUUGUUCGGAUCAAGUCGAAGUUUAUAUAAAACAUUAAUUAGGGUUGUCUUUAACCUAAAUUUUGACAACCCCAUCACCCCCUCCCCCUGGUGUUUGUGAAUCAGUGGAUACUGGACGCUACUUAGAUCAUUUCUUACUGUACUGGUUUGUACUUGUUUGAUUUAGACGGCACUGGUUAGAAUUAAUAAGCUGUACUUGUCUUUUUUAAUUUUUUUUUUUUUGGUUUGGGUUGUAUGUUUUAGUUCUGGCCUUACAAUCAGAGAUGGGCGUAAAAUGGAUUAGUCUUGAGUUUUCGGAUAACGGAUUAUAUUUAUUCCAGCAAUACUUAGUUUAUGGGGAUAAUAGAUUCCAUUAAUAAUCCGAAAUUAACGAAAAAUUGGAUUACGUUUAUUCUAGUAUAACGGAUUUAAUAAUCAGGAUCACUUGAAUUAUAAACCAGUAAUCCGGGAUCAGCAAUCUUGCCCAUCACUGUCCAUGAUGGAUUGUAUUUUUUCGUAAUCCAUUAAUCCGACCCAUUUGGAAUAAUAUGGAUUGUUUUUAAUCCUGUAACUAUUCAGGAUGUCUUUGGACGAUUAAAAAAAAAAAAACUAAGCCAAUGAUCCGGGGAUGAUAAUCGCGCCCAUCUCUGCGGUUACCAAUCAUCGUGCCCAAUUUAAUGUAUUCCGACGUAUGUUGACACAUCAUAAAAACAACCAGAAAAUUUAUGACUUUAAUCUAAACAGAAAAUAAAAUCUGACGGAUGCAAAUCACUUUAUAUUAGCUGCGGAUCUUCCGUCCUAACGGCCGCGGUGACGUCUGGCAUGUCACACGUUGGUUAUAAAUAAUUUAGGCGUGUCUUGUACGGACCGGCCCGUUAUUUUUUGUAUUUUCUUAUAUGUAAAUAAAUAACUCGACACCGUGAUUUGGGUACACGGUAGCUCGACACGUUCGCACGAGACGAGAUGAUUGCAUCUUGUUCGCACAUAUUAUUAGCAUUUCCGGUACACUUUCCGGUUAGGACGUUUGUGUUAUACUUGUGUCACGCGGCGACGAGGGAAUUAAUUUUCAGCUAUAGCGUGUGCCAAGUGAAAUAUUAUUAAAAUACUACAUUCGCGGCGGCGAACAGUCGUAUAAAGUUACUCGGGAGUUCAUCGAAACGAUUUUCAUUACAAUACCGUCGAGGCGGACAAUAAAAGACGGAUGUUAAUAAUAAUAAUUGCCUUUGUAUUCCUUUCAAAGGUCGUCGUACGACAUCUCGAGUUCGGUUACGCAAACGUGACCAUAUUAUUAUUGUUAGUGGCGGUGAACGAUUAAUUAUUUACCUGACAAACAAAAAGACACCAUUUUGGGUUGGCAAUGAUACAAGUAUGACCCAGUCAAAAUCAUAGAUGGUAUAAGACUAUACCUUACCCUGCACCUUUUGUGUUAAGACCUUAAUAUGGACUUGGCUUCUUAAACGAGGUGAUGUUGGUAAUGGGCUUACACACGAUAUACCAUCGCUGUACACUUCUCUAAGCGGAACACACCUGGAUUGGUUUUCUUACAUCAGUUUAUAGUGUUUAUUGUUGAAAGGUUGGUUGCUGACCGGCUGUAAUAUUCAAUACACACAACAUGUUUUCAAUGUUCCCAGGCGGCUCAACUGGCAAUUACAGAAAGAAACGGCUGUCAGGAUGUACAUGGUUCUUUUGUGCUUGUCACUUAUUACGGCUUUGUUAGGGCAGAGCAUUAUUUCACAGGCAUGGCUCAAUCGAUAUGCCGAUGAAGACCUAUCGGGCAUCCCCCAAAUUGCAUUGGCGUUUCAAGAUAAACACUAUUAUCCGUUGAGACGAACCGUUCAAGCUCUAUUAAGAUCACCGAGUCGCAUCGAAUGGGCUAGGACGAACAAUAAAACCCAAAAAGCCGUACCGGAGGCUAUUGAAUUCCCGUGUAAAACGAACGGAACUAGAUCUAUGACGACACCGACUAGUGUGCACCAAAUAAGGCCUGGAGACAUAGACAUUAUAGGUAGCAUUGGCGACUCGUUGACGGCGGGUUAUGGAACCUUAUCGCGUAACCUACCUGAAGUGCUGAUCGAAGAACGAGGGUUAUCUUGGUCCGGCGGAGGAGAGGGUACGUGGAGGGAAUAUUUAACACUGCCGAAUAUUAUCAAAGUUUUUAAUCCUGACUUGUUUGGUUAUUCAUACGGUGCCUCGUUAGCCGAACAACGGGCAUCGCAAUUCAACGUCGCCGAAGGCGCAGCUGUCAGUCAAGAUAUAUUUUAUAUGACACGAGAGUUGGUGAAAAGAAUAAAAAACGAUAAACGAGUUAAACUAAACGAACACUGGAAGUUAAUAACAAUAUGGAUCGGCGCAAACACAUUCUGUACACAAAUAUGUUACGAAGACCACAACAAGCUAACACAACUAUACUAUGAAAAGCUUCACCGCGCAUUGUCUUACAUAAAAAAUAAUCUUCCCAGAACCAUAGUCAAUUUUGUUUUGGAUUUUAAUGUGCAAAUUUUAAUGAGUAUGUCCGGUAGGCCAGAAGUUUGCAAAAUAAAUAACAUUCUUGUAUGCCCUUGCGUUUUUUGCACUCAGUUCAAGCAACAAAUACCACAAAUGAUGAAAACACUGCUUGACUUUCAUAAAUUUGAAAAAAAUAUAGUGGAAAUGGAAGAGUUCAAAACCCAAGAUGAUUUCACAGUCAUUAUACAGCCGUUUGCCGAACAUUUAUCGUUUCCUUUAAAUCGACUUAAUAAAACGGAUUUAACGUUCUUCGCAGCUGACUGUUUUCAUUUCAGCCAAAAAGGUUAUGCAACAUUUGCCAAUGCACUUUGGAAUAACAUGAUGGAGCCCGUUGGGCAUAAAUCUACAAAUUGGACAAAUCUUUUCGACCGAUUUCUGUGUCCCACGGCAGAUUCGCCUUUUAUCAAAACGUGGAAAAACAGUGCGACCAAAGACGAUGUUUAAUGCUCACCUAAAAUGUAAACUAAUUAAAAAAAAAAUAAUUUAAUUAAAAAACAUGUAUUCAAGGUUCAAACUGUUGUGAUACUAUAAUAUUGUUUAACGUCUCUCACGUUCAAGUGGU